AUGAUUGACACACGUCCAUUUUGCCUUCCAGAGAAAGAAGGAGUGUGGCGCUCCGUCGUUCUUCUGGGCGAACCCGACGAUUGCUUCACCCGCUGCUCCAAGAAGAAAUCCUAUCCAAGCUGGUGGAAGUUCUGCCAAAUCCACUGCGCAGUGGCCUGCGUUGAACCACAGCCUGACCACUGCCUCCUUCCUCCGAACCCAGGAGACUGUCGAGACCAAUACCCUCGGUUCUUCUACAACCCGGCCGCUCGGAGGUGUCAGAAAUUCGUUUACAACGGAUGCGGAGGAAACAAGAACAACUUUCACACGAGGGAAGAUUGCCUCCGGGUCUGUGCCCACGUUGGUGAGGAGGAGCAGAAGAGAGAAGGGUGGCCCUGGAUCUGUCCCAGUGGAAGACACUGGUGCCUCAAUGGAGGGUGUGGGGUCUCCUCCUUUGGAGGCUGGUUUUAAGCAGAGGCUGAUGGCCAUCUGUCCCAGGGAGGUUUUGAUGGUGUCUUCCUGCAUGGCAGAAGGGGGCUGGACUGGAUGGCCCUUCUUGGGGUCUCUUCCAACUCUAGGAUGCUAUGAUUCUAUGAUUCUAUGGAAGUGGAUAGGUGAGCAAGAGACUGCAGCAAAUGUCCUAUUUCAAAGAAAGCUUGGCGUUCAGCCAGACAGCAUCACUCAAGAUGACACCUUCUGAGAUACCAAAAACAUCUAGGGGUAUCUGUUGGCCAUAUAGCAAAUGCUAUAACAUUAGGGUUGCCAUAACCCGGCUGCAAUCGGGAUUUUCCUGGUUUUGGCGGCCCUGAGCCCCUCCCGUCCCGGGUGCUGCCAAAAACCGGGACAACCCCAGUUGCAGCCAGGUUGCCGCGGCGCACGGGACCUCACUGCCCUCCUCCUCCUCGGGGAGGUGGGGAGGAAGAGGAGGGCAGUGAGGCCUGGGGUGGAGGAGGCAAAGGUGGAGGCGAUGCCUCCCCGCGCAGGCGUGCCACCCACCUCCUCCUCCACCCCCUCUCCCCCAGGCCAUGCAGCCACGUGGAGGAGGUGAAGGUGGAGGCAGUGCCUCCUGCGCACAGCCACGCCACCUCCCCCCGCCUCCCCGCCACCUUCCCCGCACGCCCACGCUACGUUCCCCAGCGUCCCCGUGCCACCCACCUCCUCCUCCUCCACCCCUCCAUUCCAGGCCAUGUGGAGGAGGCGAAGGUGGAGGCUGCGCGCGGCCGCACCAUCCUCCCUGCCUUGUGUGCAACCGCGCCACCCACCUCCUCCUCCUCCUCCUCCUCCUCCAGCCCAGGCCACGCAGCGAAUGGAGG